UGGCUGGAUGGCCGACGGAUGCUCCUGCUCCGCUGUGCUCCGCUGCUCAGCGCCCAGCUCAGUCCCCAACGCGACCCCGAGGCGAGUGCGGGCGAGACGCGAGUGCAGGCGGCAGGAUCAACAGGCGAGUCUCAGCCCUGCGCCCCGCGUGCACCGCGUGCUGGACCGACGAGCCGCGUGACCGUGCGUGCAGUGACAGUGACCGUGAUCUCGAGCACGGCGUCGACGGCGUCGACCGCCCCCGCGAGCGCCGCGCCGAGUGCCGCGCCGGGACUACCCGCCAGCACGGAGGCCUUCCUGCUCCGGUUCGGGGGCUCGCCGCCCCUGGCGCCCCACCACCACCUCCACCAUCGGCCCUACGAGGACGGCCUGGACGGCCCGGAGCUGCCCGACAACGACCCGGAGCCCUCGCCGGAGGACUUCAGUCCCGGAGACCAGCGUCGCCUGCAGCUGCGGCGCGCCUCCGACAGCAGCUGUGGCAGCGCGGGCUACCCCGGCCAGGGCCACGACAUCGCGCGCGACAUGGUGGAGACGGUGACCGCGCACAUGCACCAGCCCGCGGGCAGGUCGCCCUCACCGCCCGCGUCCGCCACCUCGGCCAGCCCGUCCAGCUCGCCCGCCCGGAGUCCGUCCACCAGCCCGCGCGCCAUGCCCCCCGCCUACACCCGCCUCCACCUGCCCCUGUACUACAACAACAACCUCGAGCUGAAGCAGACGACGUCGCCGACGUCGGCGGCCUCGUCUCUCUUCACCAUCGACAGCAUCCUGGCCCCGCGGCCCGCCGUCAGCUCGGCCAGCGCCACGCCAACCAGGAUGUCCGGACCGGCCGCCGCGGCCAUCCUGCGGCACCCCAUCCACCUCGGACACCUCGCCGCGGCCGCCGCCACCGGCUUCGGCGCCACCCCCGCCGACUUCCUGGCGGUGGCGUACCCCAACCUCUACUCCGGCGCCUACAUGUCCCACGUCGCGGCGUCCUUCGCGUCCAGCCCGAUGGGCAGCCCGAUGGGCAGCCCGCGGCACCCCAGCCAGCACGGCCAGCAGCACCACCUGGUGCACCACCCGCUGGGCCUGACGGGCGGCCACCCCGGCGCGCCGCCGCCCAAGAGGAAGCGGAGGCACCGGACCAUCUUCACGGAGGAGCAGCUGGAGCACCUGGAGGCCACCUUCGACAAGACGCACUACCCGGACGUGGUGCUGCGCGAGCAGCUCGCCCUCAAGGUCGACCUUAAGGAGGAGCGCGUCGAGGUGUGGUUCAAGAACCGGCGCGCCAAGUGGCGGAAGCAGCGGCGCGAGGAGCAGGAGCGGAUGCGCAAGAUGGCGGACGACGCCUCGGCGGGGCUGGCGGGGCCGCCGGGCGGCGGGAAGAGGGUAUCUAGAGGACGGCCUAGAGGACGGCCUAGAGGACGGCCUAGAGGACGGCCUAGAGGACGGCCUAGAGGACGGCCAAUAGAGGACGGCCUAGAGGACGGCCUAGAGGACGGCCUAGAGGACGGCCUAGAGGACGGCCUAGAGGACGGCCUAGAGGACGGCCUAGAGGACGGCCUAGAGGACGGCCUAGAGGACGGCCUAGAGGACGGCCAAUAG